ACUGGAGCUUGGUACUUCAAGACCAUGGGUUGCAAAAUGAGAUCCAUGCAUUUUGUGUUUUGGUGUCUUUACUUCAUGCUCCUUCACUUGUUUUGCACAGCACAAGAUGAGGACAUGAGAUUAAGUUGUAGGACAGCGCCAAGUGAUUUGGUAUUCAUACUCGAUGGAUCAUGGAGUGUGGAUGAUGUGAAUUUCGAGAUUGUCAAAAAGUGGUUGGUGAAUAUCACCAUGAGCUUCAACAUUGGUCAAAAGUUCACCCAGGUCGGGGUGGUGCAAUACAGCGAUGACCCCUUCUUACAUAUACCCCUGGGAAAACACUUCUCAAGCAGUGACCUCAUCAAGGCCAUGGAGUCUAUAGAAUACAUGGGCGGGAACACGAACACGGGAAGGGCUAUCAAGUUUGCCAAUGACAAACUCUUUGCCCUGUCUGAGCGAGGUCCGAAUGGCAUUGCGAAAAUCGCUGUGGUGAUGACGGACGGGAAGUCACAAGAUGAAGUGCUGGCAGCUGCAGAAGCUGCGAGGAAAAAGGGGAUAAUUCUCUUUGCAAUUGGAGUCGGGUCUGAAACCGAAGAGGCACAGCUCAGGGCUAUCGCCAACAAACCAUCCUCAACCUAUGUUUUUUCGGUGAAAGACUAUAAAGCUAUCGCUAAGAUCCGUGAAGUUAUUAGGCAGAAGCUGUGCGAAGAGACUGUAUGUCCAGCAAAGAUUGCAAUCAAUUCUCGAGAUGAGAAAGGCUUUGACAUCCUACUACAUCUCAACUUAGCUAAAAAAGCCAAAAAGACUCAAGGAUCGUUUUAUGGCAGCAAAGCCUACCAGAUCACAUCCAGAGAUGAUCUGAGCGAGAGUACUAGGAUGUUGUUUCCAGGAGGACUUCCUCCUUCCUAUGUUUUUGUGGCCACAUUGAAGUACAAAGGCUCUGUGGCUAUAGAGGAGUGGGACCUAUGGCGGAUACAGACUAAAGAUGAAAAGCCUCAAAUGGCUGUUAGCUUAAACGGCCUGGACAGAACAGUGAUGUUUACCACCACCACCAGCAAAACACCAAGCGGAACUCAAACUGUGGUCUUUACUAAAUCACCAGCUAAGAAACUAUUUGAUGAGAAGUGGCAUCAGCUGCGUCUUUUAGUGACAGAGGAAGAUGUCACCCUGUAUGUUGAUGACUUGGAAAUUGAAACCUUGGCGCUGGAGCCUCCUGAUGGUAUUUUUAUCAAUGGGAAAACACAAGUUGGGAAGUACGUCAGCAAAGAAACAACGGUACCUUUUGAAGUACAAAAACUCAGAAUCUACUGCGACCCGGAGCAGAAUAACAGAGAAACUGCCUGUGAAAUACCUGGAGUUUGUGCUAAUGGACCAGGAGACAUUGAUCCAACCCCUGAGCCCUGCAUCUGCCCACCGGGGCCACCUGGUACCCCAGGAAUGACGGGAGAACGGGGGAAAAUGGGAGAUCCGGGUCAACCUGGUCCAGCUGGUGCUGAUGGUAAGCCUGGUGUUCCAGGAUUUAGAGGAAGUCCUGGCAUUCAAGGCUCACCCGGCAUGGAGGGGCCACGUGGAGCUGAUGGACAUAAGGGGGAAAAGGGAAGUCCUGGGGAAGCAGGUGACAGCGGUAUACCAGGUUUAACCGGGCCACCUGGCAAAACAGGUGAAAAGGGGUCUGCUGGUAAUCAAGGCAUACAAGGACCACCAGGAAAAGAUGGGCAAACGGGAGAAAAAGGAAGUAGAGGCCUUGCUGGUCCACCUGGAUAUCCAGGAGAGCCUGGAGCGCCUGGCAGAGAUGGGAAAGACGGGACUGCAGGAGGAAUCGGUUUGAAGGGAGAUCCAGGACCGCCUGGAAUUCCUGGACUGGAUGGACGAGAGGGACAUCCUGGCAUGCCUGGUAUACCUGGAAAUGAUGGUCAGAGGGGAAUUAAGGGUGACGCUGGCUUGGCAGGACCAAAGGGAGCCAAAGGUAUACCUGGAGACGCUGGUGAGAUGGGAUUGCCUGGAAUGACUGGCUCAAGUGGACAACCUGGCCUUAAGGGCAAUAAAGGGGAAAGUGGAGAAUCUGGUCAAGCAGGACCACCAGGACCAGAGGGUAAGCCUGGAGAAGCCGGGCCCUCCGGUCAACCUGGACAUCCAGGAAUGCCAGGAUCACUGGGAAUGAAGGGUCAAAGAGGAGACGCUGGUGAAAGAGGAGCAGAUGGGAUGAAAGGUGAAAGAGGAGACUCGGGGAGACCUGGUGCUCAUGGUUUACCAGGAGCUGCUGGGAAGAAAGGAGAGAAAGGGACGGCAGGAGAGCCAGGUCAGAGUGGCCUGAAUGGACACCAAGGACUCCCCGGACAGCGAGGACAGACAGGACCCUCGGGACCCAGAGGACAGAGUGGAGAAAUCGGCCUCCCGGGGCCACCUGGACCUGAAGGACGACCGGGCAGAGAAAUGUCUGAGCAGCACAUUCAGCAGAUCUGCAGAGACAUCCUCCGAUCGGAGAUCCCAGCUCUUCUGCUGAGUUCUCAGCACAGCCAGCACCGGAGCUGUGAGCACUGCUACACACGUGUGGGACCCCCGGGGCCUAUGGGGACACCCGGCCCGCAUGGCCCCCGAGGAUUCCCAGGACUGUCUGGAUCCAACGGGCUGCAGGGUCAGCGGGGUUUACCAGGACGGCCUGGGGUUCCUGGCAUAAACGGUGAUCCAGGGGAAAAGGGUGAUAAAGGGAGUCAAGGGCGGUCAGUAAUCGGAGACCCAGGUCUACCAGGACCACCAGGUCCGACCGGUCCAGCAGGGGUCGGAAAACCAGGUCAAGCAGGUAAACCAGGCUCACCUGGACACGAAGGCAAGGAGGGCAAGCGAGGUCAAAGCGGAGAGCCAGGUCAACCCGGUGUCUGCCAUCCGGCCAUGUGCUACGGCGCAAUGAUACGGAGGGAUCCCUUCAGUAAAGGCCCAAACUAUUGACAGUGCAGACAGUCUGGACGCGGUGCUGGAGGAGAAAGAAAAAAACACACACAGCCAAUCUCAGGAUGAUCAUAUCUGAGUGUCUCGCACACUUGCGGACGCAUGAAGUACCUCGAAAAAGUGUAAAUAAUAAGAUGACGUUGCCUACAUUAAAGGGGACCUAUUAUGCCCCUAUUUACAAGAAAGUGUGUGUAGUUUUAGCUCAAAAUAUCACACAAAUAAUGAUAACUCUUCCCCUUUUAGGCUUGUAUUCUAAUCGUGCCGUUUUGGUGACUGUCGCUUUAAAUUCAAAUGAGAUUGUGCUCUUUUUAAAAGAGGGCGGGGCUACAAAUGCCUGUGUCAGAAUAGAGGCAGAUUCAAAAACAAGACUGAGGUCUUUUGCUAAGAGAGAGUUGGUCACUAGUGGGCGGAGCUUUCCCCGUUUUAUGACAUCAUACAAAAGAAGAAUGACAAUCAAAGAGUUUCCGCAGACUGUUUGAUUAUAGUCUGAUCAUAACAAAUAGGAUUAAUAAAUGUUUACCAUUAGAAGCUGGUUAUAUUCACACACUAUUACCACGCAACUGCAUUUAAACCUCUUAUAAAAGUGAUUUUUGCAUAAUAGGUCCCCUUUAAAAUAAAUACUCCAUCCUGGGCCAUGAUUUAUUAUAAUCAGGAGGAACCAAACCCAUCCGAAUGCUUGUGAAAAAUCAUCCACUGUGAGGCUUUCUGGAGACUCUACCUAAAGUUUAACAAACCUCCUCAGUCUAUCGCUCGCCAUCAACCAUCGCCAGCCAAUCAUCUCAUUGUGUUCUUCAUGCCAGAUUUACUGUCUGUUUUGCGGUCAUCUUCGUUUUUCUAGUUGUUUUUUUGUUUUGUUUUGCUGCUUGCAAGUUUUUCAUGAGUUUUAAGAGUUCUUCAACAUUGCUUCAACAAUGCUUUCUAUGUAAUACUGAUGUCUUUCGGUAAUGUGUGUGUGUGUAUGUGUGUAUGCGGGUAAAAGGGUUACCAUCUAAUGUUUAAACCAACAAAAUUUCCACUUUCCUCACUGAAAAAAAAAAAAGAUUAAUUGAAUUAAUACUAUUUUUUUAAGGUGUUUGCAAAACAUUUAUAUGGCCUGAAUUUAAACUAACUAAAUGUAGUAAUGUUCAACGUCAUGUGUUUGAUUAAAUUCAGCCCAUAUCAGUUGUUUGCAACCACUUACCUUACAAAAAAAGAGUAAAUCCAAUGAAUAUUUUUUGGAGUGCUCGUAAACAAACCAUUUUAUAGUACAAAGAACCAUUUGUGCAUUGAAAAUGUUCCAUGGAGUUUAUUCAAAGGUUCUUGUAGUGUUGAACCCAAAAUCUGGAAGUAUUACAUAAUUUAAAAAAGCAUGACCCAGGUCUGGAAGAGAUGUAGAAAUUCAAGGAAUUGUACACUUUAAAAAAUUAUAUGAUCAAUUAGUCCUGACAGCAUGUGUUUUAGUUCAUUGUAACUUAUUAAACUAAGUUAAUCAUGUUCUAACUUAAUUUUAUAAGUUAUGAAAGCAGUUGUAAGUCAGUUUAACAUAUUGGGCUCUAUUUUAAGGAUCUAGGUGCAAAGUCUAAAGCGUAUGGCGCAAAAGCAUUGAGGGCGUAUCUGAAUCCACUUUUGCAAAAAUACACUCUGCGCUAAUAAUAAUGUGUCUAACAGGGUUGCGCUUGUUCUCUUAAUGAGUUCUGGGUGUGUUUUGAGCAUAACAUGCAUUGAACUAAUCAGAGUCUCAUCUCACAUUUCCUUUAAGAGUCGGGAAUGUGAGUAAGUGGCGGACUUUGUAAGUGUAAAUCUGCAUCUGCAGCACGAGGAUAAAGAACAAGCCUCCUCCAUUCAGCCUCUUUACUUAACUUUUACUCUUUACUCCUUUACUUUGGUGGAGUAAGGAAACGGUAGAAACUCACUCCACUGAAGACAUCCAUCAGCCUACAUAUUUAAUUUCGUUUGUUAAGCGCAAAGAUUUGUGUCAAAACUAUUUCUAAAUUCAGUUCUAAUCUUCAGCAAACGAAUAAAUUAACAAUAAUAACGAAGUGUGGUCAAAACACUGAGUUAUACCCAAACACACGUCCUGUUC